AUAAUAUAUAUUUCUUGAUGAUCAUUUCUCCUUUUGAAUUCCUAUUUGCAUUAACCUUGCUUAAACGCUUCCAAUUUCUCAAUAAUUUCAGAGAUUACAUAUUAACAUGGCGUUGUUUUCUCUGUUACAACAUCAGGUUUGGUGCAUGGUGAUGAGACUCAACAUAGACUGCAAUGGCUGUUGCAGAAAACUAAGAAGAAUCCUCCUCAAUAUGAAAGAAGUGGAGACACAUAUGAUCGACAAGGAGCAUUGCCUGUUAAGCGUAUGUGGGAGAUUUAGACCCUCAGACAUUGCCAUAAAAAUAAGAAACAGGAUGAAUCGCAGGGUCGAGAUAUUGGACAUUCAUCCGUUUGGUGGCAGCAGCUAUGAGCAAGUAGAUGAACAGCCGACGAUCAUUUGUCCAUGCUCUGUCAUAUCUUCAUAAGUUUUUUUUCCUUUCAUGGAGAAUUCAAUAUAGAAACUUGAUGGAUAUAUAGGUAGAAAACACAUGCCCCCCAAGAAACACCAAUUCAGGUGACAAUGUAUGUGAUCAACUUCAUAAGAUAAUUUCAGAAAUAAAUUUGCUAUAACAUG